GCUUGAGAUUGACUUGUGGUGCUGGGUCUAGAAUGCUACCUCGUGCUGCAAGGCAAUUUCUUCGUGUGUGGAAUUUCACCACCUCAAGAGGGAUGUCAGCCAAGAAAGACCAUCUGAAUGUCACCGCUGGACAGUUUCGUCAUGAAGUUACAACAUCAGCAGUGGUUGCUGAUAUGAUAACUAUUUCACCAACAGUCUGCAGCCUCAUAAUGAAGUUGCUGGAAGUCACAGCUAUGGUAAAUAUUGUUAUUCAUUGAUGGUUGAAGUAAUGGAAGUAAAAGAUUGUAUUGUAGGCAUUCCUAUCAGGUGGACUUCGCCAUCCCUGGCACAGACCUGGUGGGCGGGUACAGCAUGUGCUCAAGCCCAGGCCAGCUGCGGCGUGAUGGUACGCUGGAGCUGGCUGUCAAGCGGUCCAGCUGGCCCCCUGCUGUCUGGGUCCACGGCCAGUGUCGUGUCGGCAGCCGCGUGACGCUGAAGGCGGGCGGCAGCUUCUUCUUCCAGCCGUCGGCAGGCGCGCCGGUGCGGCCGCUGCUGCUCGUGGCCGGCGGCGUCGGCGUCAACCCGCUGAUCUCGAUUCUGCGCCACUGCCGCGACCUGCGCGACGAGGCGCGCCACACCGGCCACGGCUACACGCCCAUGCCGGUCGCGCUCGUAUACAGCGCUAGAAGCCCCGCCGAGCUGCUCUUUAAGGAGUGCAUUGGUGCAAUGGAGGAGGAAGGUUUGGUGACAGCUCACCUGUUUGUCACUGGGAAAAGUCUUCCCGCGCAAGACGGACGCUAUCACCGCGGCCGGCUGACGAGCGCUGACCUGCGGGAGGUCGUGCGGCGCCUGGGAGCCGACCCGCUCUGCUACCUCUGCGGUCCCAGCGCCAUGAUAGCGGACGUGGAGCGGUGGCUGACGGAACUCGGCGUGCCCCCAGAGAGCGUGCGCUAUGAACGGUGGUGGUGAUGGCCGGCCAGCUCACCCGGCCUGUGCGGCAGACACUGCUUUGGAUUGGUGGCCGUGGUGCCCGGUGUAACACUCCGGCGCCUGUGCGGUAUUUCGCCGGUUCGAAUUACACGGCUGUUUGGUGUCUGGAUGUGGAAUGUGAUUGGGGGGUUAAGAUUUUGACUAAAGCAUAUGUUUACCCCGAAUAUAUGAGUCCGUUGUCGUG